AUGACGGACACCAAUGGAAUAUAUGCGCCAAAUAUGCGCGCUGUGCCUGCCGGCGAUUUCGUACGGCCAAGCAGAAAGACUAACGGUGCCGGUAUACAGGCUGAAGACACUCGGAUAUGCGUCGUCAUGGUCGGCUUGCCCGCGCGAGGCAAGAGCUUGAUUGCACAGAAAGUUGUCCGCUACCUACAUUGGCUAUCAAUUAAAUCCAAGACGUUCAAUGUUGGGCAGUAUCGUCGCACUGCAACCCCUAACCCCUCGGCCGAAUUUUUCGACACAUCGAACCCAGAAGGAGAGCGCCUCCGAAAGGCAGCCGCCGAAGCAGCUGUCAAUGACAUGUGCAAGUGGUUUUCCGAGGGCAAGGGAUUGGUCGCGAUUCUCGAUGCGACAAACUCUACAAAGAGCCGACGAAGAUGGAUACAGGAACGAUGCACUGCGGACAAUAUCGAGACGCUCUUUGUCGAGUCCAAAUGCGACGAUGAGGAACUCAUUAUGAGCAACAUCUUGGAAGUGAAGACAACCUCUCCAGAUUACGUUGGCCAGGACCCUGAGGCUGCCGCAGCCGAUUUUCGCAACCGCAUUCGAAACUACGAAAAAGUCUAUCAGACAAUUGAUGAGGAUGAGCGUGACCUCACAUAUGUCAAGCUCAUCAAUGUUGGAGCACAAGUCAUUAUCAACCAGAUCCAGGACUACCUCCAGAGUAGAGUUGUGUACUACUUGAUGAACCUGCACAUCAAACCACGAUCUAUUUGGUUAUCGCGACACGGCGAGUCGGAAUACAACCUCACAGGGCAGAUUGGAGGAGACGCGAACCUCUCAGCCCGUGGCGACGCUUACGCGCAUGCGCUCCCAGGUCUCGUCGCAAAGUCGGUUGGCGAUGGCCGCAAGCUCACAGUAUGGACAUCGACCCUAAAGCGAACAAUCCAGACGGCACGCUUCUUGCCUUUUGAAAAGUUAGAGUGGAAGGCGCUUGACGAACUCGACUCUGGUGUCUGCGAUGGACUUACGUACGCGCAAAUCGAGCAAAAAUACCCGGAAGACUUCAAACAACGUGACGAGGACAAAUACAACUACCGCUAUCUUGGUGGAGAAUCAUACCGCGAUGUGGUUAUUCGGCUCGAACCCAUUAUUAUGGAGCUGGAGCGCAGCGAGAACAUUUUGAUUGUUACACAUCAAGCCAUUUUGCGAUGCAUUUAUGCCUACUUCAUGAAUGUACCGCAGGAACAGAGCCCCUGGAUGGAAGUGCCUCUGCACACGUUGAUAAAAUUGACACCAAAGGCGUACUCGACACAGGAGGAAAGGUUGAAAGCCGACAUUCCGGCCGUCAGUACCUGGCGAGGAAAGGGUACCAAGGCCGAGCAUCAGCCGGCGAAUGGUAGCACUUAG